AUAAUACAAACUGAUGCCUAUUGUGAUAUUCUUAUAUAAAUAUGAAAUGAAAACAAUAGAUGAAAACAUAAAGAAGAAAUACUGAACUAGAAAAAUAAUCAGGAUUUUCAAAUACCCAGAACAACAGCUGUAAUAUCAGUGUCCUUUUGUAUGAAGGGAGACUCUUAUUCAUCUUUUAUUCAUUCUUUACCCAACUGUCCUCACACUCUCAUCACACUCAAUAUGAAAUAUGUCUUUCAUCGUCAUGCCAUCAUUUUAUCCCCAUCUGAGUUCCUGACAAGGAAGAAAAAAGAUGAAUAUGAGGUUGCGAUGACUGGAAAAGUUUGCCUGAUUUAUCAGUUUCAAAUUGAAGGACGGCACCAAAAAUAGCCCCUGGGUCUGUAAAUCACUGAUUAUCUGCUUCCUCCUGGAAUGCUGUGACGUUAGUCCAGACAAUUGAGCUCUGACGCUCACCUCCUGAAAGAAAACAGUUUUAUGUUACCUGAGUUAAUGAACCUCUUCAAAUGACUCACCACACCAAGAAAACACAAUCUAAAGUGGCGUGAGUCACGGAAUUGCAGAAUUUCGUCUUCUUUCCUUGUUGUUUGGAACGUAAAAAUUGCACACAAUAAUUUGAGGUCAUAGGCAACUCUAACAUGCUGCUGCCAUAGGAAGGGGAAUUUCCAGAAGGUGCUCUGUGAGGUAUAAAAUCUCUGCUACAGAAGAUGUUGUCAGUAUGCAGAGUCCAGACUCACAGAGGGAGCAAGAGAAGACUGAACAGCAGACAGCUCUACUACCACCACAAACAGUCUCAACCUUAUAAAUUUUGGAAGCAGAAAGCCUGAGGAAUAAGCUGUGAAACUGUCUAAUAGAGAUGACUACAUCAGCGACUAAACUACAGGAGCGCUACAACCAGCAGGGCUUCCUCUCAGCGCUGCCUGUGCUGAAUGACACUGAGCUCAGGGAGGCCAGACAUGCCUUUUCUGAGCUGGAGAGGGAGUUCGGUGAGGAGUACACUCAGUACAGCCUCCACAAUGUUCACCUUCAGUAUCCGUGGGUGAUGGGCCUCACCAAACACCCUCGUAUCCUGGAAGUGGUCAAAGCCGUCCUGGGCCCUGAUGUCAUCCUGCUGGACUCCCGCUUCAUCUGUAAAUACCCGACACUCAAAACAGCCAACAUCCAGGAGAACGAAGAAAACAAACCUGACGAGAGUAAACUUCCAUACGUGGCCUGGCAUCAGGAUAUGAGGUACUGGGGUAUUGCUGGUGGCCCUGUUCUCUCUGUGUGGCUCGCUUUAGAUGACUCACUGAAAGAAAACGGUGCCCUUCAGGUCAUCCCAGGCAGCCACUGCUCCGGCAUGUUGCUCCAUCGUCAAGCCGACCGUCCUGGAAACAUGCUGUCGGUCAACCAGGAGAUCCCAGAGGAGCUGGUGCAGGUGGAGGAAGUUGUGCUCUGUCCUCUGUCAGCGGGACAGAUGUCUAUUCACGAUGGACUCCUCGUCCAUGCAAGUGACGCCAACACAUCUCAGAGGAGACGCUGUGGCUUCGUGAUCCGCUAUGUCCCCACCCGUGCCUACCCCACAGAGGAUCCUGACCGUCCAAGGAAAUUUCAUGCAACAAUGUUGGUCUCUGGAACCGACCAGUUCAACCAUUUCUCCAACAAAAGCACCUGAAGAUUUACUGGAGGCUUCCGCUUGAGUCAAAGUUGCUUUUUUACACUUAACUGGAAUAUAAUAUAGUAUAUAUAAAAUAACAUUAUUAGCAAUAGAGUUUAUAAUGAGAACAAAUGUUUACUGUAUAGUUAUGAGCAAUAGAAUCUCUAUUCUGUAUUGUAUUGAUGCCUCAACUGUGAAUCAAUCAUGAAUUAAUGGUGUUUUCUUAUUGCAAUAUAUUAUUGUGACACAUACUGUUUUAACUUGUUGUGAAGCCUUAAAUAAAAGAAAUGACACCAA